AUGAAUAAUGGGUCGUUUAAAGAAACAAGUGUUUGUAGAAAAGAAAAACAAAAAGGAGACAUUCCUGCUCCUCGUUUCGGACACACUGCUACAUAUUUAGGUAAUAACAAAGUUGCUAUAUUUGGUGGGGCUAUUGGGGAUGCAGGAAAAUAUAAUAUAACAGAUGAUAUAUAUUUAUAUGAUUUAACACAAAACAAAUGGAAAAAGUUAAUAACAGAAAAUACACCAUCCGCUAGAGCAGCGCAUGCAGCUGCUUGUGUUGAUGAACAACAAUUAGUGAUAUAUGGAGGAGCUACCGGUGGUGGUUCCUUAUCUUUAGAUGAUUUGUAUAUAUUAGAUUUAAGAAAAGAACAGAAAUAUACAUGGAUGACAGUACCAACAAAAGGUGUAACUCCUGGGAGAAGAUAUGGACAUGUAAUGGUUUAUAGUAAACCAAAUUUAAUAGUGUUUGGAGGAAAUGAUGGACAAAAUACUUUAAAUGAUGUAUGGUAUAUGCAUGUUGAAAUGCCACCUUUUGAAUGGGUACGUGUUAUUAUUCCUAAUACUUGUAAAGUGCCACCACAAAGAGUGUAUCAUUCUGCAGAUAUGUGUAAAGAAGGACCCGCUAGUGGUAUGAUUGUUAUUUUUGGUGGUAGAAGUGCAGAAAAUAAAUCUUUAGAUGAUACCUGGGGAUUAAGACAACAUAGAGAUGGAAGAUGGGAUUGGGUAGAAGCUCCUAUAAAAAAAGGAAGUCCACCAGAAGCUCGUUAUCAACAUACAUGCGUUUUUAUAGGAUCUAAAAUAUUUAUUUUAGGUGGUAGAAAUGAUAAUGGAUGUGCUGUUCCUUUAUCUACAGCUCUUUAUAAUACCGAAACCAUUGAAUGGGUUACAUUACCAUCUAUAUCUAAAUUUAGACACACAUCAUGGGUCUACAAAUAUACCAUAUAUACGUUUGGUGGGUUUAGUCAUCAAACACAACAAUAUCCAACUAAUGAAUUAGAAUGUUUAGAAUGUUUCAAUCUUUUAUCAUCCUUAAAUUCAUUGGAUUCUGAAAAGAAAAAAAGUAUUAAACAAUCAUCUUUAAAACAAAAACAAUUAACUAAUGAAAAUUUGAAACACUCAAGUAGUGACCUUAGAAAUAUAAAUUCUUAUAAUUUAAAUAGUCAAGAUGUUAUUAAUACACAACAACAUAAUAUAUCGAAAGAAAUCUAUGAUUUGAAGAAUAAUGUUAGUAUUGGUAACACAUUAGCGAAUGUGGCGAAUGUAACGAAUGCACCAAAUGUUCCAAAUGCACAUUAUAGAAAUAUGUUUGAUGCUUCAUCUAACUCUUCAGUUUUUAGAUUAUCCAACAGACCAAUGUCGAACAAAAUAAGAUUAUCAGCACAUGCUCAUGCUGUUCAAGAGAAUGGCAGUGACUUUGCUUUUCUUGUUCGUAAAAUUUCUAUAGAUAAAUUAGAAGAAGAAGGUAGAAAAAUCAAUAAUGGUGUAUUAUGUACACCUGUAAAUUAUAUAAGUGAAUUUAAGAAUACAGUUUAUGAUAAAAUUAUUACUACAUUAUUAAAUCCAAAUAUCACACAAUUUGAAAUACAAUACAACCAUAAUUCAGAAUCAAUAUUUAUUAUACCAUGGGCUAAUAUUUCUGUAUUAUGUUCGAUAGUUAUAGAUAUAUUUAAGCAAGAAGACAUGGUAUUAAAACUAAGAGCACCGAUAAAAAUAUAUGGUGAUAUACAUGGUCAAUAUUAUGAUUUAAUGCGUAUGUUCCAAUUAUAUAAAUGUCCAGUAGAAGAAGAUUUAGGUGAAAAGUUAAAUGCAAUUGGAGAUAUUGAUUCAAAUGAUUAUUUAUUUUUAGGAGAUUAUGUCGAUAGAGGUUCUAAUAGUUUGGAAGUUAUUUGUUUACUUUUUGCGUUAAAAUGUAAAUAUCCAAAACAAAUUCAUUUAAUUCGAGGAAAUCAUGAAGAUGUAGCUAUUAAUAGUCUUUAUGGAUUCCAAGAGGAAUGUAAAAGAAGAUUGAAAGAAGAUGUAACAGAUAAGGAUUCUUGUUGGUAUCAAAUAAAUCAAGUUUUUGAAUGGUUACCAAUAGGUGCUAUAAUAGAAGAUAAAAUUUUAUGUGUACAUGGUGGAAUUGGAAAAUCCAUUAAUCAAAUUUCUGAUAUUUCACAAUUAAAAAGACCACUCGUAGUUUCACAAGUUCCUCAAAAUUUAAAUGAACAAAAAGUUACAGAUUUAUUAUGGUCAGAUCCAACUGAUAAUGAUUCUAUAUUAGGAACUAUUCCUAAUGAUAUAAGAGACCCAGAUGGUACAGGUCACAUUGUUAAAUAUGGACCCGAUCGUGUUCAUAAAUUUCUAGAAGAAAAUGAUCUUCAAUUAAUUAUAAGAGCACAUGAAUGUGUUAUGGAUGGUUUUGAACGAUUUGCAGGUGGAAAAUUAAUAACCUUAUUCUCAGCAACAAAUUAUUGUAAUUCACAUAAAAAUGCCGGAGCAUUAUUAUUUAUUAGAAGAGAUCUUACUGUAAUACCAAAACUUAUUUAUCCAGCGAAAGACGAAGUGCGAUUCUUUAAUACAUGGGAUACCAAAAUGACGGAGUUAAGACCACCAACACCACCAAGAAAUCAACCUAAAAUGAGAGAAUUAAAUUUUGGAGCUCCAUGA